AGUCUAAAUAAAACCACUUGCUCUCUACUUCUCUUCUACUCUCUCUCUCUCUCUCUCAUUACACACUCAAACUCAAAACUCUCUUUCCUUUAAACCUUUUUUCUCUGUCUCUCAUUCUAAAAUUUUCUUAGAUUCCAAUCUGAUAUUCCAGAAAGCCUUUUCUUUGUACAUAUUAAAAAACGAAGCAUCAUCAACCAUGGCUGCCAACAAGUUUGCAACCAUGGUGCACAGAAACACCAACAAAAUCACCCUUGUUCUAGUGUAUGCAAUCCUUGAAUGGAUUCUGAUCCUCCUCCUCCUUCUAAACUCUCUCUUUUCUUAUCUAAUCAUAAAGUUUGCCGAUUACUUUGGCCUCAAAAGGCCAUGCAUAUGGUGCACCAGAAUCGAUCACAUCAUAGAGCCUGGGAAGGACAAGAAUUCCUGCAGAGAUCUUGUGUGUGAAGCUCAUGCCUUUGAGAUUUCCAAACUUGGGUUCUGCUCCAAUCAUCACAAACUUGCUGAAUCACAAGAGAUGUGUGAGGAUUGCUCAUCCUCAUCCCAACUGGACUAUGUUAAAUUGUCUCGGAGUUUUGGUUUCUUUCCAUGGAUGAAGCAAAUAGGUAUGAUUAAGGAUGCUGAUGCUGAUGAUGACAAGGAAAUUGUGAAGGUGGAAGAGAAUUUGAGGUGUUCUUGCUGUGGUGUCAACUUCGACAACAGGUUCUACCCUCCUUGCAUUCUCAUCAAGCCUUCUCUCAACGAUUUGGGAUAUGAUCAGAAGCAUAAUUUGGUGACACAAGGUGGGGCUGGUGUGGAAAUUGAUGAAGGUGUUCACUCAGAUCAUAGUAGAUCGGAUUUUGUUCUUGAUCAUCAUGAGGAUGAACAUAGCACUGAAGAAAACAAGGGAAGAGACAUGGUGUUUGAGGUUGAUCAGGGUUCAGAUAGAAAAGAAGAGGAAGCAGAGAAGAGUUGUGCUUGUUCUGUGUGUGAUGGUGGCAUAGAGAUUGUUUCGGAUGAAAUUUGCAAGUUGGAUUUGGAUGUGGAGAGAGGGAAAGAAGAAACCUUAGAAGAGGAAAGUUUGAAUGUCCCUAAGCCUAAGGAUGAUGAUGAUCAAGUUUGUGAGAAAUCCACUGCUCAAGUUGAUUACAAGAGAGAGAUAACUAUGGAAAUUCCACCCAAACAUCUGGAAUUUUUCGUUCAUGGUGAUGGUUGCAGAUUGAUUCCUGUUGAAUUGGUGGACUCCCCCGCCGCAGAAAAUAGAAAUCAAAGCAGAUAUAAGGUGGGGGGUGAAGGCCUCAACAACAAUGAAGAUUUUAUUUUGGAUUUUGAUAAGAGUGCUGAUGCAGAAGAAGCUGAACCGGUUAUUGAGAAUUGGCACAUCUCUGGUGAUAUUGUGGCUGAAUUUUCAUGUCAGGGGAAUGAAAAAGUUUUCAAGGCCAAUGGAGUUGAAUCAGUUCAAUUAAGGACCAUAGGGAAGUCCUCAGGGUUACAAGUAGUAGCAGAAGAAGAAGAAGAAGAAGAAGAAGAAGAAAAUUUGGAGCAGAAUUGUCAGGAUUUGAGUUUUUCUAGAACAGCUGAAGAUUUGCCCAGGGAUGACAAUGCUGAAGCAAACUUGGAAAGAAGAGAUGGAGAACUGUGUUCAGAUGCUUCUCAAGCUUCUGAAGAUGCAUCACAAAUGCAAGGUGAGGAAUUUGAAGCCGAAGUCUCAAUAGGGACUGAAAUUCCUGAUCAGGAGCAGGUGGAUGAGUAUCAAAGCCAAGAUGUUCUUUUGGAUGCAAAUCAACGAAUACAAGAAGAUCCAUCUACUAGCACAGUCAGAUUUCACAUCCAAGAUGACAAUGGUCAUGACAAGGGUGAAGAGUUUGUAGAAUUUAAACCCAUGUCACUUGAAGUGAGAAUGCCAACAGUGAAUAACCAUUUGCCAUCAUCAUUGGAGCUUAAUGAGAAUGAGGAAGAAAAAGUUCCUGAUACACCCACUUCCGUGGAGAGUCUGCAUCAGCUACACAAGAAACUACUACUGCUUGAAAGGAAAGAAUCAGGAACAGAAGAAUCAUUGGAUGGAAGUGUCAUAAGUGAUAUAGAAUGUGGAGAAUUGACCGUUGAAAAGUUGAAGGCAGCAUUGAAAUCUGAGAGGAAAGCUUUAAGUACUCUAUAUGCAGAACUAGAAGAAGAGAGAAGUGCAUCUGCUAUAGCAGCUAAUCAGACAAUGGCAAUGAUAAAUAGGCUUCAGGAAGAGAAAGCAGCAAUGCAGAUGGAAGCUUUGCAGUAUCAGAGAAUGAUGGAAGAACAAUCUGAGUAUGACCAGGAGGCUUUGCAGCUUUUGAAUGAACUUAUGCUGAAGAGGGAGAAAGAGAAGCAAGAGCUGGAAAAGGAACUUGAAGUAUAUAGAAAAAAGGUUCAUGAAUAUGAGGUACGAGAAAAGAUGUUGAUGUCAAGAAGAGAUGGUAGCACAAGAAGCAGAACUUCAUCUCUAUCUUGUAGCAAUGCUGAAGAUAGUGAUGGAUUGUCCAUUGACUUGAAUCAUGAAGCAAAGGAAGAAAAUGGCUUUUACAGCCAUCAAGAAUGCAGCAGCAGCCAGAACACCCCCGUAGAUGCUGUCUUGUAUUUGGAGGAAUCAUUGGCAAACUUUGAGGAAGAGAGGUUAUCAAUUCUAGAACAGUUAAAGAUUCUGGAAGAAAAGCUAGUUAUAUUGAAUUAUGAAGAAGAAGACGAAGAAGAAGAAGAACACUGCUUUGAUGAUACUAAAUCGAUAGAACAUCUUUGUGAAGAGAAUGGGAAUGGAUAUCAUCAUGAUCAUGGUGAUCACAAAGGCCAGGUAAAUGGAUUUGCAAAUGGUCAUGCAAAGGAAAUAAAUGGAAAGCAUCAUCAAGGGAGGAAAAUCAUGGGCACAAAAGCCAAGAGGCUUCUCCCCCUUUUUGAUGCUAUGAGUUCAGAAGCAGAAGAUGUAGAGUUGAGUGGAGAUGAAUUAGAUUUUUCCCCUUUGCAAAAUAAUUCAGCUGAAAAGGCUUAUUCGGAUAAGAAUAAGCUUGCUUUAGAAGAGGAGGUGGAUCAUGUUUACGAGAGACUACAAGUGUUGGAGGCAGAUAGAGAGUUUCUAAAGCAUUGCAUCAGCUCCUUGAGAAAAGGGGAUAAAGGGUUACAUCUUCUCCAAGAAAUUUUACAACAUCUUCGUGAUCUAAGGAAUGUAGAACUCAGAGUAAGGAACAUGGGAGAUCUUGCAGUGUAAACCGAACUGUGCCAAACAGAUAAUUGAUUUGUUAUAUUGGAGUAGAUCCACAAGCUGCAAAUCAAGCAUGCAUGAGCACCAGUUCAGUGGUGUACAUAUCAUCAUAUAUAUAUACAGUGAGGAAACCAAUGCAUCACUUCAUUUUCAACAAAAAGUAAGGGAGUUCCCUAAUGGAGAGGGGAGAAUCCUGGUACGGUCUGUCUGAUCCAAUGGUGGACAACAAAAGUGAAGUUUGCCAUUCUCUUUUUCUCUUUGUUUUGUAAUUUCUUGUUUCUUUUGUCCAAGUAAGCCCAAUUUUUUUGUGGGUUGUCCAUCAUCAUCAUUUCCUUUGUGGGAAAAGGAGGAGGAUGAGUAUAUGUGUGUGUAGGCUAGUGAGGUGAAGCCACCCUGUCACUUGUAUUUUGUGAGCAAAAAGACCUGGCUUGCAAAGCUGGAGAGAUCCAAAAAAGAUUCCAGUGCCAGGUAUAUAGCAUUAGUUUAUUAGACAGACAGAAUUAGGGCCACUAGUUUUGUCAUUUCUUUCAUUUUUUCGGUGAGAGUGAAGAAUGAGGUAAGUAGCCUUUUUCUUUUUCUCUUUCUCAUCUUUUGCAUUCCUGCAUAUCCUUUAAUGUUUGUUUAUUUCUGAGGGGAAAAAGUUGAGUCACUUGUAUACUACAUGUAUUCAUUUGUAAUUAUAUAAAAAGUGAGUGUUUGU